AUGCUCGUUAACGGUCAAUUCCCAGGACCGCCACUCCUCCUAGACGAAGGAGAUAAUGUCGAAGUUACUGUGAAUAAUCUGAUGCCAUUCAACACCACAAUUCACUAUCAUGGCAUUGAACAGUUGGGAACACCAUGGUCGGACGGUGUGCCUGGGCUUUCGCAAAAGCUCAUACACCCCGGUAACAAAUUUGUUUCUAAAUUUACUGUCACUCAAUAUGGCACCUACUGGCCAAAAAGCAUUCCUGAGGACACAUUACGUACAAUUACGGAUGAUUUGAUCCAGCAAGCUCAGAUCAAAGCUGCUAUUGAGUCUCCAAGGUUGAUGGUUAUCUCUGAUUGGUUUCAUAUAACAUCAGAGCAGCUACGAGAUAUCGCACUCUCAGCGAACAUUGAUACAUUAUGCGUGGAUUCUAUUUUGAUCAACGGAAAAGGAAGGGUGAACUGCCGCGACCCUGCAUAUUUGACUAGCAUGCUCCCUGCCCAAGUUACACCAGUUCUGCAAGGUAUGAACCUCACAAAAAAAGGAUGUCUUCCACUUGAAAAUACAUACGCACAAACCUCAUCUGCGCACGAUUUCAGCGAUGUUCCGGCAUCUCUGUUCAAUGAAUGCCAGGCUACAGACUCAUCACAAGAGAUAAUUGAAGUGAAUGCACUACAUGGUUGGGAGAGUCUGAAUUUCAUUGGGUCGGCAUCAGUCUCCGCCCCGACAGUUUCUAUCAACAACCAUUCCCUCUGGGUCUACGAAAUUGAUGGGCUAUAUAUAAAACCAACACAAGUUGAUGCAUUGACGAUCCAAAACGGCGCUCGCUAUUCCUGCCUGGUGCAGCUGAAUCAAGUUCCGGGUGACUACCCAAUUGUCGUAGCAAAUUCUGGACUUAAUCAGAAAAUAGCAGGGUUUGGUACUCUAUCAUAUGCAAAUGGAAACCCACAUAUCGCCUCGUCUCCUUCAGUUAAUUAUGGUGGAGUUAGCACAAGCCCAAAUGUUGCCUUGCUAAAUGAAACCGCAGUCGAGAUGCUUUACCCAAGCCAACCAAGUCAAGAGGUUGAUGAAACCUAUAUUCUGACUGCUGGUCGCUUUGAGAAUGCUUGGAAGUGGUCCCUAGAUGAGAAUCAUGCAUACAGUCUUGCCUUAGAGGCAGAAAAGCCUAUGCUAUGGGACCCUCUAUCAGCGGCAAAGAGCCCACUAGUGAUCACAACAAAGAACAACACAUGGGUUGACAUAAUAUUCUCGAUGGCUGCAAAUAAAUCUUCGCUUCAACCUCCUCAUCCGAUUCACAAACAUUCCAACCAAUUUUAUGUUAUUGGUUCUGGCAGUGGGCCAUUUGAGUGGACUUCUGUGAAAGAGGCUGCCGAAGCCAGUCCAGCAAGCUUUAACCUUGUGAAUCCUCCCGUUAGAGGUUCGUUGUCUCCUGCUUCUUUUAUCUGGUCGCGAACGGUGAUUGAUAAAGCCCCAGAUACCUUCUCAACACCUGCAGCACUCGAAAUGCAGAGCUGGAUGGCUAUAAGAUAUCACGUGAUCGCUUUGACAGUUGAAAACCCAGGGGCAUUCUUGCUUCAUUGUCAUAUUGAUCCCCAUUUAACAGGAGGAAUGGCCCUUGCGAUUCUUGACGGUGUGGAUGCUUGGCCUACCAUCCCGUCUCAAUACGGCCCAGGUACACACUGGGGGAAAGUAGAUUCUUGA